AUGCCUACGACUUGUGGAUUCCCAAACUGCAAAUUUCGAUCUCGAUACAGAGGAUUCGAGGACAAUCGGCACUUUUACCGUGUACCAAAGAAACCGGCCGUGCUGAGGAACAAGUGGCUAGAAGCUAUUGGGCGCACGGAGGCGAACAUCGUCAGUCAGUUGCGCAUCUGCAGUGGACACUUCCAUGGAGGUGAGAAGAGGGAAGGUGACAUUCCAGUCGCCGAUCCAGCCACAGAUCCCCCUCGACGAAUUGAACUGCCUGCAAAAGGCAUGCGCGCUUCCAUCACGUCGGGAAUCCGCGGAGGCGGUCACCGAACGACUCAACGUCGGGGCAGUGGACUUGCGGGCGCGUACCGCUAUCGAUCGUUGCUGGCCCAGGCCCCGGGACUGCCACUCGCACCGUCUCUGCUCUCGCAGCAUUCUCUCGUCGCGUUGGCGUCCACUCUGGCGGCGUCGCCUGCGGAACACUGGUCGGAGAUGCUUCACACGUGGAAUUCCCUUCUGAGUGGCGUCCUCUCAAAGCAGGUGUUUCCACGACUUCCUCUUCUUCCGACGCCUUCAAUCGAUUCACCGAACCAGCUUCAUGCUCAGAGUGGUACUAGUCAGUCUUGUGGUGUGAUCUCAAAAACCGUGGUUAUAUUCGAUGGAUUUUCGGGGUGUCGCGUGACCUCGCAAGCCUCGAGAAUCCCUCCACCGUCUUUAGAAAGUGUGGUUAUCGUUCGACGACUCAGUGAAGCCAGUUUCUCUCCAGAGGUCCUCCAAUCAACCACGGUUGUCGUGUUCUAUGACAUGAAACUGUACGACAAAGAGGUCAUUCGUCACUUCACGAACCUUCGGUUUGUCCUCCUCGCUGAUAUGUUCAACAACUCGCUCGACGAAGCCUCUUCGUACCUCAAGGAGCAAGGUAGGCUAGCCUACCAGUCAACAACGUCCUUGAAAACGAAUUUCGGCAUUUACUUUAGGAUAAUGCAACCGGAACCAGACGUGGACACCGCCGCCGACACCGUCCUGGCGAAGAUCCUUCAGUGCAACUACAGCUGCUCCCACUGCGACUGUCCAAGAGUUGUUCCAGCGCGUUUCAGAGCCGGUCAGCAUGCCGAAAGGUUUCUUUACAGAAGCCUUCGCGGAAAAAUCCUUGGUCUGGUUGGAUUAGGUCAGUCUGGAACUGCCAUUCUGUCCGUUACCCUGGUUACGACAUCGUGGCCUUGUCACAGUUUACUGGGUGAAGUGACGAGCCCCAACCGAUCUGUGGAAGGUCGGGGUAAUCCACGAGAGGUUGCAAGUUUGUUUUCUUCCAUCUACACAGAUCCAAUCGGCUUGGCGGUGGCUAGACGGAGUUGUGUGUUCGGGCUGCAGGUUCUCGUCUACGACCCUACAGCACCUGACGGCACCUGCAGUGGACUUGGUCUGGAACAUUGCGAGCUGUUUGAGCACUUGCUGCCUGUCUGCGACUUUAUCUCCUUCCACAAUUGGUACAGACGCAGCAACCAUUUGAGUGUAACAAGUAACCACUUAGAUCUGAUGCAAAAAGAUGUUUGUAUUAUUUGUUCAACCAAUCGUGUGACCUUCGACCUAACAAUCAUAGCCAGGCAUCUUGCGCAGGGCCGACUCAGGCAUGUUGUUCUCACUGGUGAACAGUACAACAAGUUACAGCCAGAGAUGGCGUUCACACCAGGGGUCCCCCCCACUAGACUCUCCAACUUCUGCCAAAUCAACCAAUCAGAUCUGCUCACUGAGGAGUCCAUCAGGCUGCAUCGUCGCAGGGUUGCGAACGAGGUCGCCAACUUCCUGAGCAGCGCGUCGCCUUACCGCCUCAGUCCCGUCGUCCAGCGUCCGGUCACGACAGCUAAAUCGGGGUCAUCUCGCGCGAGCACUUCAAGCUCCCUGUCCGAGCCAAGCACGCAGAUGGACUCGAACGUCUCUAGCGCUGACGGUGAGUUUGUUUUAAUUUGCUUAUUCUCAAGGUUGCAACUUUGGGGGGGGUAUUUCACGUCAAGGUCAAAUCGCUCGACUUCACUUAAACGAAUCGCACAUUUGGGUAAGGCGUUAGGUUGA